AUGGGAGCCGUGGCAAUGGAGAAACCAACUUCGCUGGAUCGCCUCAAGGCGCUGGACAAGCUAUCUACACUUCCCCUACAGCUAGAAGAAGCACAGCAACUAUGCAACCACCCUUCUCGAGCCGAAAUGAUACUGCGCUGGCUGGUGAACAAGUUGAAAAGCUCACAGGAAGCACGAACCGAUGCUGGAUCUUGGGACUUACUCUCAUUGUGCCUGCGUUUACUACCAACACAGAAGAUCGCAUCAGUCCUUGGCCCUGGACCUUUUCAGGAAUUCUUACAGCUAACAUGUGUGGAAAGAGGCCUCCCGGAACGGACUCUACAGGCCGUGGCGGCUACAUGGGGCCUACUGUCACAGAAGGGCCAAGCGUUGUCUGGCGCUGCAAUCAGAGCACUCUUGAAGACGGAUGGCGCUGCUGCAGCGAGAGUCUCCGGUCAUUGGUAUCAGCACGUCUAUGCAAUUCUGCAAAUCGAAGACUCUGCUUCCCGCACAGGCACUGCAAUUUCUCUGUUGGAAAUUGGGCUGCAGCUCUGGGAAUUGCGUAGGCGCUCACAGUCUGACGAUGCCGCCUUCUCAGAGCAUUGUUUGCUGCCUGCAUGCCAGUUGGUCGUCCUUCUCAGAAAGAACAUACCUGCUGGAGCGAAGCGCAAACGAGCUAAAGAUGCUCUUGAAUCGUCCAUCAAUCCUUUGCGCUCCCUGGAAUCGAUAAUUGCCCAGCAUAGUGUACUGCCCGCUCGCGCAGUAUUCACAAGCACGCGUCAAAAGCAAGACGGGCACAAGAAGCGACCUGCAUUGGGCAAGACUGAGCAGUCAUUAGAACACGUCCUCGAGCCAUUCAAAGACUCCUCGGUAAAUUGCUACGAGAUAGCACCAGUCUUCAUGGAUAUUGCGUUGUGCGCCGUCUCCACUCCAACUCCUGGACUACGCAGCCGCGAAGCGCCCUGGGUCGAGACUUUGUUUGAUGCCUUGCUCAAUCUGUUGGACAGUGACAGCAAAGAGCAAAAAUCUGCGACCAUUGCGGAAAUGCUUCGUUAUAUUCGCUUGCGCAAAAUGCCGUUGUCAACGCAGAAACUGGCGAACUUAGCAGCAAGUGUACUUGCUGAUGCAUCUGGACACAAAGAUUCUGGACGCACCUUGAUCGCCGAGAUUGUGGCCUUCAACGCUGGUGCUCUCACCGAAGCCUCUAUCGCUCGAAAACUGUUCACGGCUAUUGCGACGUGGCAAGCGUCUAACUCGACAGCUGAUACAGUAAUCAUCAGAGAUCGUAUCGUCAACCCAAUUAUCGAGGCGUUCACCCAGAAACAACAGAUGUCAGAACUUCUCGAGCUAUGGCAUCAACAGCUGGUCGAAACCAAGGACCACGAAUCUGCUGGAAUCUGGCAUAUCAUCGUACCACAGAUGAGUGAAGCAUUAGCAUCGCCUACCGCUAAUGAUGUAGCGAUGUCGGCUCUUGCUCGCUACUCAACACUACUCCAACAAGUGGCCGAUGCACAAGAAAGCCUGAAUGGAGAGAAUGUGGCCAGCCGACUCCGUUCUGACCUCGUUCUUCUUCGAGCGAUUCUACAGGGACUGCGAAAGAACAGCCACUUGGUUGAAGUGCAGCAAGAACUUGACGCAACCCGCGUGAGACUAGGGACCUUGGUCAAAACCAACAAAAAGCAAAUAUCUGCUCCUUGUCUCAACGAGGUCUGGCAGCUUUCCGCACUAGUCCUCGAGCUCUGGUCCCCCUCAUAUAUUGCUGCUCAGCAUGAUCAAUCCGCGGUGAAGGAUGUCCUGGAGAAUCUGGUGGCGAAUGACCUGUUCGAGACAGCAGUCGAGGAUUGCCAGAGCACAUCGAAUUCCAGCUCCGCGGCACAAGUCUUGAUUGGUACGGUCUGCGCUCUUGCCCAACCAUACGACAUGAGCAAACAGUGCACAAAGGCAUUGAAGCGGGCUGUCGAAGCACUUUGCGAGCGUCCGUCUACGAUGGUGAACUUUCCUCAAUUGAUCACUGGACUGUCGUCGAAGCAAAUUGGGACUGUGUUACAAACAGCGCUCGCUGCGCAAAACGAAGGCGCUCAACGCCUGCUGUCUCAACUCUCGGCUAGCUUGCCACAUUCCGAGAACUUCAGCGCCAUCCUUGCGGACUUGCCCAUUCACCAAGUCGUGGCAUUCUCGCCGUCAUCUUUGACUCCAGCCCAACGUACCAAGGUGAUUACAAGGCUCCUUGAUGAGGCUCACGACCAUGAUAAUGAAGUCUCGCCAGCAUCUCGUUUGGCCCUCAUCGUGGAAUUACUGGCAUAUCCGGUCGAAGCUUUGAGCGUGACAACUGCAACUUCAAAGCUGUCUGGUUACGUGCGUCGCUCGUUGGCUGCAAACGUCCUUGGAGAUAGCGAGACCUUUGCUCGGGCUCUUGCUCUCGUGCAACCGAGCAUGCGAGCGAUAUUUCAAACGAUGUCCACGAAAACGAGUAGAGACUAUCAAGAACUAUCUGCUGUUGCAGUGGAAACCAUUGGUCUCCUGGAGAAAGCGUCGCCGGAAACGGAACCCGCUUCGAGUCCAGCAAUGCUUGCGGUAUCCGUGCUCAUCGCUCUGAUCGAAGAAUCGGCCGAUGAUGCCUCCACUUAUGCACAUAGGAACAAACGUCUCGUGAAUACACUCAUGGACGCUCUGAUCACAUCAUUGGAAGACUUCACAUCAACGCUCGACCGCGACUUCAACUCCGAACUCUUCUCGGCGACCGCAGAGGGACUUCUCGUUCUCCCGGAAUCUGUGCUGAGCCUGAGUGGUAGCAAGAGCAAGAAGUUUGCGUCAAGAAUCGUUGCGUCUGCCGAAGGAGUCCUGCGAGCAGAGUCCAGGUGCCCGCAUCAUGUCUUGGUGGCGAGCUUCAGACUGCUCUGCAAAUAUGAUCCUGCCUCUGAGACUACGACAAGAGCCAGUAGCAUCUUGUCGAGAAAUCUCGAUGCUAGGAGCUCGGGGGCGAUACUUCGAAUUUACGAGGAAGCACUCGACACCAAGUUUGGGCCAGACGAAAUCUCAAAAAUUAUCGCCUCAGGACCACCUCAAAAUUAUGCCAUAGCGCAGUUGCACCUCCGCGCAGUCCGAAAAGUUCGUGGAGAAAUGUUUGAAUCAACAACGAACCUCUCCACGAACGAUGUAUGGCAUUAUCUGCUUCGAACGCUCCUCGAAGCGCAGGACUUUCGUGUCCGCGGAGAAACUCUGCAAACAAUCUCUGUGCUUCUCAAAGCCAGAGGCUUCGUACUCAAUCAGUACAGCCUAGAGCAGACACUCCAGUCGCUCCACAGUUUGUUGACAACAGGAAGUCACAUUGAGUCGUUCUUUCCGAAAGUGUGCAAGAUCCUCAAAGUGCUCAUCAACCAAUAUCGGACUAAACUGCAAGGCCGCUUCCAUCUGGUCACCCUUGUCUUCCAAGCAUUACUUUCCGGCCUCUUGAAUGACACCUCCUUAGCUUCCGCGCGCUUGCAGGACUAUCACGGUCGACUCGUCGCCAAACUUCUGGAGCUCUUCUGCAAACCCAUCUGGGUACGUAGCACUGCGACAAACCUCGUCGAUGCAUCACGAGAGGCACAGAAAUAUGCCGGUCAAUUCGUCCAGCACAUUCUACACCAUUACUGUGCGUUGGUCCUCUCUUCAACGCCGGCCGAAGGAGUUAGAUUGGCAGUCAGACCGGGCAUUUUCGCCAUCAUCGAGGCCAUGGAAGCUUAUGAUGAAGCGAGUGUCAGAUCAUUGAGCGCGGCCAUGAACAGCAACGAGCGGGCAAUCUUGCGCAUGGUGGUACAGGAUUGGCGACAAUUUGGAAAGUGGGAAGGGUCUUAGAGAAAAGAUGAAAGCUCAGCAGAAGUCAUCGGCAUACUAGACAAGUGACUGCUAUAAUACGAGACCGUACGGAGUGCAGGUCAAUUGAACAAUUGAAAACUCCCCAUCAUCACCGCC